GAAGCCGCGGCGGGUCGUUCCGUUUGGACCUUUGUCAUUGUGGGUUCUGAGCGGCUCCAGAUAAACAUUAACCCGAGCAGACUUUGAGAUCUGCGGCGCGCAGCAGCUGCUGCGGCAGCGUCUCCUCACACGUUACCGUAGGAACAGCAGGGGCCCGGGCGGCCCACCCGUCCUCUCUCCGGGGGGGCAGGCAUUGGUACCGCUGAAGGAGGUGUGCCGGCAGACCCCGCCUCCCACGGGUCGCCCAGGCAGGACGGUAUAAGAGGCGGCUGGCGGGCGGAAGCAUGAAGGAACCCAGCCAGCUCAUCUCUGCGUCUGACGCCUGGUCCGUUGUCCUGGUACCGAUCUGGAGAACAUGCUGUUCUGCCACCCGCAGCCCGAGUCCUACCACCAGAACUCCUCCAGCUACAUCAGGGAGGCUCUGGCGCCGUUCCUGAAGAACGAAGAAGCCCGACUGAGAGCGGAGAGCGGCGCCAAGGGGGGGCCCUUCCAGUACGUACUGUGCGCGGCCACAUCGCCGGCCGUCAAACAGCAGGAGGAGACGCUGUCCUACCUGAACCAAGGUCAGUCCUACGAAAUCCGGAUGCUAAACAGGAAGCUAAUGGAGUAUUCGGUCAUUAGCAGCAAGUAUGUGAAGAGCAUCGUCCGCAUCGUGUUCCAUGACCGCCGCCUGCAGUACAUGGAGCACCAGCAGCUGGAGGGAUGGAGGUGGAACCGACCCGGAGACCGGAUCCUGGAUAUAGAUAUUCCCCUCUCAGUGGGGGUCAUAGAACCUCGUUCAGACCCUCUGCAUCUCAACACCAUCGAGUUCCUCUGGGAUCCCCUGAAGAACGCCUCCGUUUUCAUCCAGGUCAACUGCAUCAGCACCGAGUUCACCCCCAGGAAGCACGGCGGGGAGAAGGGCGUUCCGUUUCGCAUCCAGGUGGACACCUUCACCUCCACCGACCAUGGAGAAUAUGUGGAGCAUGUUCAUUCGUCCAGCUGCCAGGUCAAGGUCUUCAAGCCCAAAGGAGCGGAUCGCAAACUGAAGACGGAUCGGGAGAAGAUGGAGAAGAAGACGGUUCAGGACAGGGAGAAGUACCAGCCGUCUCAUGACACCACCCUGCUGAAGGAGGUGAGGCGCGCGGCGCGGCGUGACCCCACUGGCCAUCCCAUUGCCCCUCCCCACAUUGAAACAUUUCUGGAGGCGCCACUGGAAAAUAUCCG